UGACUUUCUCAGUCUCACUCUGCUCGUUUCCGUGAGCAAUGGCGCGUAGUGGUUUUAGACCUCGGCGCUCCCAACGGUGCGUUUAGCUCCGCUCAAAUUUCAGAACACAAAGAAUCGACUGGUCCGAGCUACAUCAACGACGACGACGGCGAUGCCGGUGGCGUGCAAGUCACGUGCUUCAGUGGGGUCGUCAACGAAACCACCUUCCACCUCCAAAUCAUCCGCCUUCUCAAGCAGGGAUACUGAGAACAAUUUUGGAUGCACCACCAACCCAUUACACAGUAAAAGUACAAUCGAUUUCGUUGCUCACCAAACAUAACAUGGAGAAAUAUGAAUCUGGGGACUUUGAAGCCAGAGGAUACAAAUGGAAACUGGUUUUCUUUCCGAAUGGAAACAAGAAUAGGAAUGUGAAAGAGCACAUCUCUCUCUACUUGGUAAUGUCUGGAGCAAUUGCUCCCCAGAUUUCUUCGGAAGUGUCCGCUGUUGUCAGGUUGUUUAUACUCAAUCAGAACAACGGCAAUUACUUCGUUCUUCAAGCAAAUCACUGGUUCAGUGCCUCAAACUCGAUGAGGGGAUGGAUGAGAUUUACUACUAUGGGAUCAUUCAACCAGGCAUACAUUGCGUUGAAUGAUACUUGCAUUGCGGAGGCAGAUGUCAUUGUCCAUGGAAUUACUGAUGCACUGUGGCCAAUAGUAAAAUAGUACAAAAUUCCUGCUGCGUGAAACUUUGGGGGUGUAAAAUAGUAAAGAUAAUCGAAUAAGGUGUUAAAAACAAAUUCAUUUCACU